UAAUGCGUUUGAAGACGCGGAUCUUAACCGCAAAUAUUUUAAGCAAACUUUUCACAUUGACAUGUACUCGUCGACAUGUAGAAAAACUACAGCUGUUCUUUUCAAUCCUUGAUUGCUAUUUCUUCACGGAAGACAAUCUACUGUCAACAUGGAUGAUCUUUGGACCCUUAUCUUACUGUCACUUUCUAUGCUGAUCGGAUGUUAUAUAGCUGGAAUCAUCCCUCUUUCCAUUACCUUGUCAGAGGACAAGUUGAAGUCUGUGACAGUGUUUGGAGCAGGACUCCUUGUUGGUACAGCACUAGCUGUUAUAAUUCCUGAGGGCAUCAAUGCCAUGUAUACAUCUGGUGACCAUUCCCAUCAUCAUGAAUCUCAUUCAAAAGAGACAGAGAAACACACAGCCACAGGACAUGAACAUCAUGAACACCAUCACAGCACUAUGGACGUCCACUCUCUAAUCGGGAUCACGCUUGUGUCUGGGUUCAUCUUCAUGUUAAUAGUGGAUCAGAUUGGUGGAGCUCACGCUCAUGCUCAUGCACCUGCAGAUACAGAGGCAGGGCAAACACUUCAACAAAACAGAAACAGAAUCACAGCCACAUUGGGACUAGUCGUCCAUGCAGCAGCUGAUGGCAUUGCUUUAGGAGCAGCUACAGUGUUAGCUCACACUCACUUAACAAUGAUCGUGUUCAUAGCCAUCAUGUUACACAAGAUGCCAGCUGCUUUUGGCCUUGUCUCAUUUUUACUCCAUGAAGGAUUUGAAAGAAAUAGAAUCAGAAAACACUUACUUGUUUUUGCUUUGGCUGCCCCGGUCCUGGCUGUUUUUACUUACGUAAUUCUAAGUCAGAGAAGUGUUGAGUCUCUCCAUGACACUAAAACGACGGGAAUCGCCAUGCUAUUCAGCGCGGGGACUUUUCUGUACGUGGCAACUGUCCAUGUUCUCCCAGAAGUCUCAUCGUCAAAAACUCAGCACAGUAAUCCAGACGGCAGUGUAGUCAUCAAAGAACAUAAGGGCUUCAGAAGCAAAGACCUGAUGGCCAUUGUUAUUGGUGCUGUAUUGCCGGUCAUUCUCUCUAUAGGCCAUAAACACUAGAAAUCCCAGACUGUGAUUGGACCAUGAUAUUGUGAUUUAAUCUCACCCAAGGCUUUAUGUGUGCAGAGUUAGAGUGAGAAGAUGGUGCCAAUGAAAAUGAUGAAUGCACUGUUAAUGUUUUUGAUUCUUUCUACAACUGAGUCAGAUUCAUUGGUAUGCUUGAUGUCUUUCCAAGCAAGCGUUUGCUGUAAAAAAUAAUGUAACACACAGAAUAAUUUUAUCAAUGUUGAUUGUAAUGAUGCUGGGUGUAUAUCUAUACUUGGUGCCCUGUUUGUGUAUGGUUGUUCAGACAGUGAGGUAUAAGAUGCAUACAGCUCAAGCUUGUGUAAAAAAAAAAAAAAAAAAUUGGGAUUUGCACAACUUUUUAAAAAAGUUGUUUGAAUGGUUUUGACAUAGUGAUAAAAAAUAUAAUGAAUGUACAGGCUAUAAUAAUAAUUUAAUGCUUUUAUCCUUAACUAAUAACUUCCCCUGUGUUUGCGCUCUCUUAUUUUAUGUAUAUGUUUGUACUAAAUGUUUUAUCCUCAGAGUUUUCAUUAAAUGAAAAUUUUUAUUAUUAUUUUGCUCAUACAGAAUUUCUGAGUGUUAAUUUUGGAAAGGGUAAAAUACAUUUGGGUGAAUUGUUUUUUUUUAUAAUUAUUUAUGUACCCUUUUUUGUCAGGGAGAAGUUUUCACUUGUUUUUAGUAAGUUAAAAAUUUAAUAGUAUGAAAGGAACAUGUGAUAAGGAAUAGAAUAAUGAAUAAUUGGAAUUCAUUGCUACAUGUAUAAUAUACCUGCAUAAAGCAUUCAUGAUACCAAAAUGAGCAUUUUUGUUGCUCACCGAUUUGUACAAAAUACUACUGACAUUUAUGUAAUAGUGGUUAAUUGAAAUUUAAAAAAAACACAUACAAUAUACAUAUACAAAUACACCAAAUUUAUUACAAUAUUGCUUUUAAAAUGAAUAGGAAAAAAUGAAUGUGGACUUAUUACAAACUGGAAAACUCAGUCAUAUGCAAACCUAAUCUUACUCGGUGGCCUUGUUAUGUGCAUUUGGAAAAAUCAUAAUUACAAUAUGUGCUUGUACAGGUAUUUGCUUUGUUUAUUCCUGUAUAUGAAAGAGAAAUAAACAAAGUCAAUAUUUCAUGUAUAUGGAAUAAAUUCAAUAAAAAAGUAAACAAUUCUCUCCGUAAAAGUCACAGUUACUGGCCAUUAUUAUUUGAUAUAUUUUUAUGUAACAUUCAGUGGCCACAUGCAUGUACAAUAAAAUAAUUGUUCGUAUUUAGAUUUCUCAAUGUUCAAAAUGAAUACAUACUGUGAUUAAAACAAGUCAUUAGGGAAAGUACACAUUAUACAUAUGGAUUUUUUUUCAUCAUUCUUGAGUACAUGGAAAUCAACUUCAUAAUGUACUUAAUAUUAAAGAAAUCAUUGAUUUAAUUAUGGUACAUUUGUUACAAUCAUAGAGAGCUCUGACAGAUAAACAGGUAUUUCUCUCAGUCGUGUGAUCAGGUAUGGAAGAUUGCUCUUUAAUGCAUAUGUGUAUGGGGAAAUAGUUCUAGACUAAUGAAGGAAAUAAAAUUUUCGUAAAAUUGAAAUUACUUUUACCACUUUUAACCAUGUGUAAAUUAAGGGAAAAGAAUGAUUUUUAUUCACUUUUUUGUACAAAAAAGUUCUAUUUUCUAUAAAAGUUUAGUCAUUAACUUAUUAAGUGCAUGCUGGCAGUUUCUGUAUUCUUGUUCAUCAUUGUCUUCUUCAUCAACAUUCAGUUUUCUACCAUACAUAUCCAGAUUUGUCAUUUUUGAUUCAGGUUAUUCAACCAUUAAUAUUCUUGUGAAGUAAUGUUGUGGUCAAAACCCAUAAACUAGACAACUUCUUCAAAAUUCAUUCACAACAUUAUAUAUUACUUUUGGAGGAUCAUAUUUGUUGCAUGAAUCUAACAAACAUUUUUUAUACUUUUAUUUAAAUGAUUUCAUCAUCAACAUAUUUUCUAAGAACUUACUAAUUUCAUUUCUGUCUCUGUUUUCCUUUAUAUUGAGCUGUUGACUCGUCAAAUCAAUCAAUCAAUCAAUCAUAUACAAUGUAUAUUGAUUUGGUUCAUUUCUAUAUAUUUCCAUUUUCCCAUAUAGUCAUUCUUCUGCUGUAUUAUUAAUUUUCAGUAAUUUAAAUUUUUAAUUUUCAAAGUCUUUUAUUGAUACAAUUUUGUAUAGAUGUUCCAUGGUGAUCUGGAAUAAGUUUUGAGGGUAAUAUUUCGGGUUUGUUAUAACACGUACAUGUGCAUUUCUAUGUAUGAAAUCGAUGUGUCUAGUCCUGAUAAAAUAAAAAAAAAACAACC